AUGCUCACAGCAGUAACAAAUGCAACGGGAAAUUCGGCUGGUGCUAAACUGAGGUGCUUGUACACGAAUGCCCAAAGCCUCCUAUCGAAACUAGACGAACUAAAACUUUGCCUUGUUGAGCAGUCUCCAGAUGUUUUAGCAGUAACUGAGACCUGGUUGUCCGGGAAUAUUAGCGAUAACGAAGUAGCCUUGCCUGGAUACCAAAUUUAUCGGAGGGACAGGGAACAUCGUCAGGGUGGUGGUAUCGUUGUGUAUGUGAAUGACGGUCUGGCAGUGUCGGAUAACACCACCAAGUUUGUGUGCAGUACGGAAGCUAUCUGGUUGACCAUCAAGGCUACCGGUUCCCCGUGUCUCGAUGUCCUUACUGUCUACCGACCACCUAGGACCGACGGAAUCGCCGACGCUCAACUAUUGGAGCAGUUGGAGAAAUUUUCCAGUCGACCUAACAUCAUGAACAUGGGCGACUUCAACGCACCAGGAACAAACUGGAAUACCCUCCAAGCGUCAGGUCCAAAAUCGGCAUUCGAUUACCGCCUGUUGAGCAAGACAUUAAAUGCGUGCCUCACACAACAUGUAAUGUUCCCAACGAGAACACGUGAAGGACAAUGGGCAAACUGCCUGGAUAUGGUCUUUACGAAAACACCAGACAGCGUAGACGAGAUCGCCUCCAUGCCGCCCCUUGGCCGAAGUGACCACGUAGUGCUUAUGUGGGAUUAUUCGUUAUUCUCCAUUUCACACACUCCAGACCACAAAAGGCGUAAUGUUUGGCGGGGCGAUUUCAAUCAGAUGAGGGCAGACUUAUCCGGUCUUGACUGGGGCUCUUUGUUUACGGGAAGUGCCAACGAUGACUGGGAGCUGUUCAAGAAUGUCCUUCUGCAGCUCAUCAACAACCACUGCCCACUGACUAGUGUAAGACUGAACAAACGCCCUGGGUGGCUAAAUAGCAACCUCAAAAAAAAUCAACAGGAAGCACAAAUUGUGGAGCAAAUACUGCGUCACUAGACAAGCUGAAUGCUUCAAAACCUACAAGACACAGAGGAACAAACUGAGGAAGCUGAUAAUUCACACGCGGCGGGAAUUCGAGAAGAACUUGCUACAAAAAGCAACGCAGAACCCAAAAUUGCUCUACAGCUACCUCCGACGAAGUACGAGGAACAGGCAUCAAAUCCCUUUGAUAAAGACUACUGAUGGCGUUGAGAUUGCUGAUAGUAGGGAUAAAGCUGCGUAUUUUUCACGGUUUUUCCAAUCAGUCUACACAAACGAGGCAAGGUUCCUUCCUCCCUCCACAGAAGAAUUGCCGACUCCACGCGUCAGUGAUAUACUCUUCUCAGAAGGCAUUGUCCGAAGAGAAUUAGAGGCAUUGAACGAAUCGAAGUCGCCAGGACCAGACGAGAUUCCAUCCAAGCUUCUGAAGGAACUUGCCCGUGAGCUCUCUGUGCCUUUGUCGAUGCUCUUUCAAACGUCAUUUGACACUGGAACACUUCCUGUCGAUUGGAAGCUGGCGCAUAUUACUCCGCUACACAAAGGAGGUAACAGGGCAGCGACGACAAAUUACCGGCCCAUAAGCUUGACAUGCAUUCUCUGCAAAGUUAUGGAAAGGACCAUAAAGUGUGAACUAAUGCAAUUCCUGGAAGUUCACGGCCUGCUAUCGAAAUGCCAACAUGGGUUCCGAAAAGGAAGAUCCUGCACGACAAACCUGCUGCAAUCUCUCCAGAGCUGGACCCAAGCUCUCGACGACAGGCACGCGAUACACAUAGCCUUCAUCGACUUCCAGAAGGCUUUCGACACUGUGCCAAACCAAAGGCUCUUACAUAAGCUGAAAAAAAUAGGGAUCGGUGGCAACUUCCAUAAAUGGAUCGAAAACUUCCUUGUGGGUCGACACCAGGUUGUGUGCGUCGGUCGGGGAAAAUCAGAUCCGGCUAUGGUCGAAAGUGGUGUCCCCCAGGGUUCAGUACUGGGACCCAUUUUGUUCCUUAUCUACGUGGACGAUGCCGCAAGAGAUUUGGACUGUGAAGUAGCAAUGUUUGCGGACGACAUGAAGAUAUGGAGUGUAAUUCGUGGUCCUGCCGAUGAAGACAGACUGCAGAUGAACCUGAAUCGGUUGGAGGAGUGGUCAAACCGUUGGCUCCCGCGGUUCAACGUUGCCGAAUGCAGCAUACUUCUCCUAGGCAACACAGCUAGAUCCGCCAGCACAAGAGGCCACUUUCUGGGCGGUGCAGCCCUACAAGAGGUCGAAGCCCAAAAGGACCUCGGUGUGCUUACGACGAGUUCCCUAAAACCAUCCGCCCACUGUUCGAGGGUGGCAAAAACCGCAAUGUCCGUACUGUACGCCGUCAAGCGUGCGUUUAUGGACUUUGACAAAGAAGCCUUCUCUAAGACAUUCGGAACAUUCGUCCGGCCGCAUUUAGAGUACGGCAUACGAGCUUGGAGGCCGUGGAGUGUUGUGGAUCAAAACUGCCUCGAAAGAGUCCAGAGGAGAGCCACGAAGAUGCGACCCGCCUAGUAAAUCUGAACCUCUUUCCUUUGAGUUACAGGCAACUUCGCGGAGAUCUCUUGCAAGCCUUCCGCAUUGUAAAGGGGUUGGAUGGCAGUCUGGCCCUCGAGGACUUUUUGAAUUUGCUACCACGACCAACAUCCGAGGUCACCCGUUAAAACUGCGCACUCAGCAGGCACGGCUGGAUGUGCGGAAGUUCUCCUUCUCGGUUCGGGUGGUCAAACCGUGGAAUGAGCUUCCCGCAGAUGUUGUGAUGUCACCAUCUAUACAAAGUUUUAAGAAGAAUCUGGACAUAUUUAUGUUCCGAAAUGACCAAGAGCGAUGAGAAGUCGAGCUCACCCCCUGUAACUCCUUCUCAUUUUGUCCCACCAUUAUGGGCGUGUUUGAACAAUUUCAGCCCAGAACAUCUAUCUGUACACCACACAUUUUUUACAUUGCAAAUAGGGUACUCAAAGGCUUACGCCUAUUUCCCUCAAUAAACUGAACUGAACUGAAGUGAACCGCUGGGGCCGUAAUUGAUGCGGUGGUGGCUUGUCGGUCCGAGUCCGAGUCGUUAAUUGCCGCGAUUUCGUCAUCCGUGCUGGAUGCUGGUGUGACGAUUGCUCGGCAAACUGGCUCACUGUCACCGUGAUGAUUGCUCGCCCGCGCCCUCCCCACGUGACUGAUUCUCCCGCUCAGGGAAAAUCGCAGUACGCUAUAGGGUACCGGGAUGUCAUUGUGCUUGUUGAUGGAUUGCGGGCCUGAGAACCAUGACUCGAGCAGCUCGCGGCUCACGUGGUUGUCACCCCUUGCGAGGAUUUCGGCCUCUUGAAAUUUGAAAAUAUGGCCGGGUCCCGUCGAAUGUGCCGCCACUUGAGAGUUAGCGUCUCCCCGCCUCACUGCUGCUGCGUGCUCGGCAAUUCGCGUACGGGGUAAUCUCCCAGUUUCUCCGACAUAAUUGCUUUGUCCGCAACUACACCAGAUCCGGUAAAUGACUCCAGACGUGUCCUGCCGUGGCAGGGGGUCUUUUGGCCUCAUGACUUGGCGCCUAAUGGUUGCUUCCGGCCUGUGUGCAACCCCAACUCCAAGUGGAGUGAGAAGACGACUGACGGCUUCCGAGACGUUCUUCACGUACGGAAGAGCCCGCCAAAAUUUGGGUCCGUUUGGAUUUGGUCUCUGGUGUCCUUUUCGUAUACACUGGUUGACAAAGCUGUGCGGGUAACCAUUGGCUCUCAUUACCCGUCGAAGAUAUUGUAGUUCAGCAACCUUGUCUUCCAUUUCACUGCAGUGCGUCUCAACGCGCCGGUAAAGCGCCCUUACGCAACUGCGUUUGUGACUGAUCGGGUGGUUCCUAUUGAAGUUCAGUAUUUGCGUCGUAUUUGUCGCUUUCCUGAACACUUUGGUUUUUAGGCCACCACAAUCUUUGCGGCAGACGAGGACAUCCAGGAAGGCCAGCUGAUUGUUUUCCUCCUUCUCCAUCGUAAAUUGGAUGUCCGGGAAGACGGCGUUGAGUUGUUCUUUGAACGUCAGCACCUGAUCCCGUUCGAUGACGAUGAAGGUGUCAUCCACAUACCAAGCCCAAAAUUUCGGUCUGUGUUGCCGGAAAACCAGCGACUCCAGCCGUUGUAG